AUGACUACGAUGGGCCUCGACGAACUGCCCUACGACCUCAUCCUCCAUGUUUCUUGCUAUCUUUCUUUAUAUGAUGUCCUUGCCCUCCAGGCGACAUGCAAGUCUCUCCGGCAGCACACCCUCACCCGCCCUGUCUAUCGCGCACAGGCACAGGACCUCCUCAACCGUGCACGCCCACUCCCACUCAAGGGCUUCAACUCAUUCAACACCAUCAGCACACCCGCCCUUAUCCAGGCCGUUCACAAGGCACAGGCAUUUGACGCAGCAUGGCGCGUCCGUGCACCCCGCCCCGCCACCUCGGAGCCCACGCUCGACGGCAAGGGCGUCCGCCCGUGGUACACCAUCAUCUCGUCCCCGCCCGACGAAGAGAUCGACUGGCUCAGCCCCAUUACAAGCAGCUACACCCUCUGUGCGACCAGGAGUGGUAGGGUUGUCUGCUGGGAUGUCGCGCGUGAUAUCCCGCUCGCAGACUGGGACCCCCGCACCAUCAGAUCGGCCCCCGGCAUGCCUCCAGAACACGGCUCAGGGCGGGAGAGGUGGGAGCUGUGGAAGUGCAGAGUCGAGUUCGAGGAGCGUGCCGUGUACUUUACCAUGGCGCGGCUCCUCAAAGUUUCAUGGGAAGACGAUCGGACGAUGCAGUUUGUCCUCAUGAAGCUCUGCUUCCCACCCGAGUAUGCGUUCACCGACCAAGAGUCGGGCGAACUCCACCUCCCCACCGCCGCCUCCCAACACAACGUCCCUGGGCCACCCAUAUCACAAAGCAUGUCCCCUACAACUGUCACCUCACCGCGCUUUACUGCACUUCCUACACCGGAAGCUGAACCUGCGAAAACCGUACCCGUGCACCCUCACGACUUGCCCCGGCCCGUGUUCCGGGCACUCACUGCAUUCCAUACGGCGGGCGUCGUGAUGAAUGUCUUCUUGCUCGAUCCUCCUCGUAGAUUGCUUAGUGCAUUUGUAUGGUUUGCGAGCACUCCUCCUACCAUAGGACUCUACGUUUUGCCAGAUUGGGCAAAGGAGGAAUACGUUUUCAUCGAUACUGGCAUCGAAUGCGACGUCUCCUCAAACUGGUCCUGCAUCCUGUACGACGAACAAAUCGUCAUCCACGCAGAAGAAGCCAACUCUGCGCACCAGCACUUCUACCCGAUCUCUCUUCUUACAGGUUUCACCCGCCCCCGCGGCGCGUCACGCGUGACCAUGAAGCCGACGAGCGCCGUGCCUAUGUCGGCUAUCGACCCAGAAGAUCCUAUAGAUGCCUCGGCAGAGGCUCAGACAACGGCUCACGCAGAGCCUCCAAGCGAACGCACGAUCGAGGGUGACAUCUUCCCCAUCGUCUGCGCGCGCGUCCCGCCCGCGCGCUCGCUCAAGCGCAACUUCACGUUCCCCACUCCGCGCCCUCCGUCUCCCUCGCCCUCUCCUCCUCCCCCAUACCGAUCUGUCUCCGAGGAGGGCAACACCCCCGCUCACCCCCAGAUACAGCCAUCCUCGUUGUCAUUAUCGACGUUACCAUCAAACGACAUGUUAACCCCGCCCCCGGCGUCCGUGAUGAACCUCGUCCCGCCCGGCUCGACGCUCGUGCCCAUCGGACCGGACGCCGCGGACCCGCACUCGGGCGUCGUGUCGCUCCCCGGGCCGGCGGGCACGGGCAUCACGACGCAGCUGACGUCUGCGAUGCUCGGGCGGCUGCAGGCGGCGAUUAGGGCGCGCGUCGUUGCGGCGGGCGGGCCGGAGGGGAUGGGCGGGGAGGUGUUGAAUGAGGAGGUGCAGCUGGGGCAGGGGUUGGUGGCGAGUGUGAGGAUAUGGGGGGUGGUGGAGGGGCCGGAGGGGGUGCCGGUUGUGAGUGUGGAUGUGGAUGUGGAUGUGCCUGGGACGGUGGCGAUGUCGGUGGCUGGCGAGGGUGCGUUGCAGGGUGGGGUGGAUGGUGAGAGUGGGAGUGGUGGGAUGGCGAAUGCGGCAUCGACUUCGACUUCGACAUCGGGAGUGGGGCCUAGGACGCCGCCGCGAGUGCACUCGCCUAUUCCUGUUGUCCCGCAGACCCCGACGGAUGUGGGUAUGGACACGGACGACGAGGCAGAGGAGCGCGAGGUUGAUGGGGUGACGCGGGAGGAUUCGAUGAGUGAGGAAGAGCCCGAGCUCAGGGAUGGGAAGAUAUGUCACAGCACGUUGAUGGAUGAAGCGGGAGCGUUCGCAAGUACAGCAGGUCUCAGCCGGAAGGGAAAAGAGAGGGCAGACGCCGUCGCUGGCUCGUCCAAGGGGGAGCUCGAGAUCAGUGACGAGCGUCCCGACCCGCCUCGCUCGUCCCCCGUUCCACCUCCGCACUCUGGCGACAGCCAGGCAUCGGAGCUGUCGACGCCGUUUGCGGGGCCUAGCAUCAUCUCGGGCACACUCACGCCCACGUCGGAGACGCCAAACAGCCAGCUCAUCGUCGCCGAGAGCCCCUACCCGCCGCCGUCCACACUCAUCCUCCACCAGAUGCCCACCCCCGGUGCCACCGCAGACCUGUUCAGCCACAAUCCACACCAUCUAAACGGAAACGGCGACGCCGCUGCACCCGGACAAGAUCUGCCGCCGCUGCAGGUGAACCCCUACCCGUUCCCGCCGUGGUACCCCGAGUCGGCACACUUUGUGCGCCAGUGGUGGCCGACGCUGCCGGGCGUCCCGCGUCUGAGCUGCACGGUGGUGCUCCUCGCGGCGCAUAAUCCCGAGAACCACCGGACGAGAUUUGUGCUCGCGCAGCAUUAUUUCCGGGUGCCGCUUGUGCCGGAUUUGCCGGACCCGCUUGAUGUUGACGAGCGCGCGCGGCGGAGGCGGCGGAAGGGGAAAGAGCGCGCGAUGGAUGUUGGGAGUGGCGAGAUGCUUGUGCAGGGCAGGGUGGCUGGGGUGAACGGGGCCCGGGAAGACGGGCUGGAUGGCGAUGAGUACGGCGAGGAAGAAGAAGGAGAUGAGGACGACGAUAUGCUCCGGCUGUGGUACGUCUCCACGCCGUUCGAGGUCGUCUGCGUGCUCGACCGCGUCGGCGAAGACGGCGUGGGCGGCGAUGGGGACGACGGGGACGACGACGAUCUGCGUCCGCGCCCGCUCGUCGCUGUCGACUUUGGACACGCGGUGUGGGUCGAGUAUGCGGGUGAGCCGGGCGGCCUGUUUGGCGUGGACGCUGCGCGGCUCGCGGAUAUUCCGCAUUUCCCCGAGGCGGUGCUGCCCCCGCCGCUGCCGCAUCCGCCGAUUAUACCUCCGCUGAACCAUGAUGGGGACGAGGGGGUGAAUCAUCUGGACGUGGCUGACGUGCACGAUGAUGACGUCGAUGAUGUCGACGACGACGACGAGGAUGGGGACGGGGACGACGAGGAUGGGGACGGGGACGACGGUUGGCCGCUGGACCGGAUCCACGACGUGCGGAGACAGCAUGUGCCCAAGGUGCUGCGGUUCGUCACCUUCCCGGCGGUCGACGCGGGCGGGCGCGGGCCUGCGGAGGUGCGGACGCUCGCGACGCCGGCGGAGCUCGAUCUGGACGCGGUGGAGACGAUCAAUAUCGACCAGAGCCAGGGGGCGGUGAUUGUGUCUGUGCGGGACGGCAAGAUUUUUAUUAUGCGGUAUGAGUGAGCUCGGGCUGUGUGUCCCUGGAUCAGUACGGUGUACGUGGGUGACUUUGGGGAUCUUGGGAUGGAUGGAAAGGACCGUGUUGUUUUUCUUGUUGUUUUUUCUUGUUCUUUAUUUCUGGGUGUAGUUGCAUGUGUGUACUUUGUGGUACUUUGUGGUGUUAUUCAGCGAUUAUUGGAGCG